AUGGAGUCUGAGUUCUGCUUAGUCAUAGGGCAAAGAGUAGGUAGGAGGGAAUUGGGGAGCUUGUCUUAUUGGCUGCUGGAAUUGGAAUUUGGGGGAGAAAUAACUGCUUUGGGGAGGUUUUUCUGUUUCAGCUUAGAAAAUCUUCAGCAUACAAAGUUAUGGAAUCCACAACCAAGCCCGUGCUUUACAGCUACUUCAGAAGUUCAUGCUCUUGGAGGGUUCGCAUUGGUAAGUCAUGCCAGAGGCAUUUUUUUCCCUACUCAUAUUAUUCUUAUUGAUGUAAACAAUCUUAUAACAAGUGUCUUGUGUGCAGCAUUUGCUCUCAAAGGCAUUGAAUUUAAGCUGGUUCCAGUCAAUUUGAUCAAAGAUGGAGGUCAGCAGCUCUCAGAGCAAUACAGAAAAUUAAACCCCAUGCAGCAAGUUCCUGCAGUGGAAAUUGAUGGCAUCACCCUCUGUCAGUCACUUGCAGUGAUUCAGUACAUUGAUGAGACUAGACCGGGACCCCGUCUUCUUCCUGCGGAUCCAAAAACACGUGCCAAAGUUCGGAUGAUAAGUGACCUUAUUGCUUCAGGCAUACAGCCUAUACAGAAUUUGUCCGUCCUCCAGAAAGUAGGAGAAGAGAAGGUUCCAUGGGCUCAGCACUUCAUUAAUCGUGGUUUUCAGGCUCUUGAGCCAAUUCUGAAGGAAACCUCAGGAAAAUACUGUGUAGGGGAUGAGAUUUCCAUGGCAGACAUCUGUCUGGUUCCACAAGUCUAUAACGCAGAAAGGUUCAAAGUGGACAUGGGGCAGUAUCCGACCAUCAGAAGGUUAAAUGAGACCUUACUGGAGCUUGAAGCUUUCAAAGUGAGCCACCCGUCUCAGCAGCCAGAUACACCUGCUAAUCUUCAAGCAUAAACAAAACUGAAAAAUCAAGCAUUUAAGAAGCAAACCUCAACAAUAAACAUGAUUUUGUAUAAAAAGUUUUUGUUAGAACAUUUAAUCAUUCAUAAAUACAUGUAAACAGAAUAAAAUACUUAUGUAAAACA